UCGUCAAUCAUUACUGAGAUAAGCUACAGUAAAUUACUUGACCAAUUCAAUGCAAAAAUCUUCCGUAUUCAACAGUCGCUAUGCACUCUUCUAACGCAAAACUUCGCUCACCUAUCACUCCAUGCAGCCACACGCGGCACCAUUUUGGCAAUUAUACACGUACUAUUUUGCCCUGCUCAUCGGGCUGACUGCAUUCCAUGUGGAUAUCGAACAGCGCCGCGUCUACCGUUGUACGUUCAUGCAAGUCUACGCCUGCACUAUGAACGCAUUGGUGGUCGUCGCUGUGCCGUUCUCCCUCUGGACUUCCUUGGAGUUUUUGGAUUACCUCAAUUUGAAUGCUUUGAUGAAAAUCGUUAAUGAAGUCAAUGUAAAACAGAUCUUCUUCAUAACCGGACUAACCAUAAUAUUUCGUUGGCAGCGCGAGCGUUCAAUCUACGAAAUUCUAACGCAGCUGCUACAAUUGGAGCGACGGUAUUUCGAGAAAUGUAUGCCUCGAUCAGUGAAGGCGCAUUGUAGGCAGUAUUACAGCAACAAUUUGCUUUGGUUAAAAUAUUUCAGUGUUAUAUCACAAUCUCUUUGGACGCUCUAUAACAUGUUUUUCUAUUUACCGGAUAAAAGUGUAAUAUCAUUAUUCUACUGUGUGUAUGUAAUCUGCAUAAUCAGUGCGGUGUUGCAUAUGGUGCUUCAUUACUUUCUGGCAAUGUGGUAUUUGUGGCAGCGUUUCUGCUGGCUGAACGCUCGACUCCAGCAGAUUUUAGACGUUCUUCGAUCGUUAGAAGCCCACAAGCGUUGUGACCAAAGAGUGCGUAAACGAGCGUAUCAGCGCUUGGGGCAAGAGUUGAUGGAAGUCGUACGUGUACAUUAUCAGCUAACGGGUUUUGCGGAGCGUAUUACUAAUUGUUAUCGCUUCCAAAUAAUAACGGUGCUAUUUAGCAAAGUCAUCAAUAAUAUUUCGAUAACCUACUUGGGCCUAAAGUACGGCAAUAAUUCAUUUUUGAAGAGCCUGGGUGUGACCUAUCACAUAUUCAGCACAAGUUUUUUUAUCAUCACCCUCUCAGAUUCAUACCUUUUGGAUAUACUCUGUGAACGCGUUGUUGGUGCGUCGCAUGAAGCCGCCGAAGUGUUGAAACGCUUCGAUGAACUGUUUGAGUUGGACGACGCAGUGGAAUAUGCGUGCAGUAUAUUCUCGCAGCAUUUGAGGCAACAUAAAUUGAAAAUUAACAUCUUCGGCAUGAUGAAUGUGAAUAAGCGGCUUUCCUUCUUAGUUUUUGCCGGUUUUGUGAAAAAUGUUUUACUUCUUUUGCAAUGGGACUUAGCGAAGCAGUUCGAAGUAUGAGAACUUUUAUU